GGAUGCUUCACAUUUAUACAUCCGGUGAAAUAUCUGUCUCAUUGUUAUAUGUGUGACGAAAUGUUACAUGACCUGCAUCGAAUUGAGGAUUUUGCCAUGACAUGACCAUUCUACAAAAUGUCGAGAAUAGGACGUGUUUUAUCUAGAUUAUCACACUAUUCUCUGUGUCGUGGGAUUGUGAUUGGUGGUAUCAAGACAAAGCUGAGAUUGAACCAUAUACGGACCCUCUGCUUGACCUCCCAUUGCCUGGCUAAGUCAAAGAAACCAGCAGAUGAGGAUGAUGAAGAGUUUAGUCAACCCAUCAAGUUCUCUAGCAGUAAAGCCAGUCACAAGACUUGGAAUGUAGACCAGUCCCUGGGAAGCAAGUAUCAGCGGCCAUGGUGGAAAGUCCUCCCCAUCAGUCUCUUAGGGGUGAGCUUCUUGCUGUGGUGCGCACUCAGGGGCGAGACGGUUAUUGAUGAACAGCUUGAGAAGAAUCUCUAUGAACAGUUACCUGGCUUACUCUCAGAUGAAGAACAAAGCAAAUCUAGCUAAUAUUGUGCCAUUUUAAAAAAAAAAGUAUAAUUUAAGGCUAUUUAUUUUAGCUAGAUUAGGCCAUGUCUAUGGCAUGCACAAUUGGUGUAUGCUUCCAGACCGAAGAGCAAUGUUCAUAAGAUGUAUUGUAAUGUUCUGACUAUUGUCCACCUGUGUCCAUAAGUGCAGAGGCUCAAUAGUUAUUGUCCAAAAUCCAAUUGUCAUUAAAUUUUUCACCAUCAAGAUUUA